AUAUUCGCUACGCCGCCUGAGAUAAACACGCUUCCGCCACCCGACCACUUGAACCUGAUCCCGAUCCUGAAGCGCCACUCCCGAGCACAGCACCCAAUACGAUCAUCCAUCCUCGUCGCCCGAGACAGACCGGCAAGCAGCCAAGAUUCCGCCAACACUGAGCUGCACGACCUCCAAGACGGCAUCCAGCGCCGGACCUAUGUCAGUGCUAAGCCAGCUGCUGCUCAACUUCAACCAGAAAGCCCAGACCAGGAGCCACCACAACAUAGAGCUGAUAAAUUCGUUCAUAACAUAACGAUAAGCCGACCUGCUCCUGCUUUACCUGAUCUAUCAUCGUCCAACGUUGGGGAGAAAUUUGCAAACAUUUUUUACCGGAAGAGAAAAAAGAAAUCAAAUCAAAGGAAAAUGAAUUUACAUGUGUGCGCCUUAGCGCUGCUGCUGUUCGGCAGUAUCGCCACUGUCCGCGGAAGAGCCGUGGACCUGGUAGACGAUAGCAACGACGUGGAUAACUCCAUCGAGGCGGAGGAGGAGAAGCCACGCAACCGAGCCUUCGAAGCCGACUGGCUCAAGUUCACCAAGACGCCGCCGACGAAGCUGCAGCAGGCCGAUGGAGCCACCAUCGAGAUCGUUUGCGAGAUGAUGGGCUCCCAGGUGCCCAGCAUCCAGUGGGUGGUGGGUCACCUGCCCCGCUCGGAGCUCGAUGAUUUGGACUCCAACCAGGUUGCCGAAGAGGCGCCGAGUGCCAUUGUGCACGUCCGAUCGUCGCACAUCAUCGACCACGUGCUGAGCGAGGCCCGCACCUACACGUGUGUGGGACGCACUGGCUCCAAGACCAUCUAUGCCAGCACUGUGGUGCAUCCUCCUCGCUCCUCCCGCCUGACGCCGGAGAAGACCUACCCGGGUGCCCAGAAGCCGCGCAUCAUCUACACCGAGAAGACGCAUCUGGACCUCAUGGGCUCCAACAUCCAGCUGCCCUGCCGCGUGCACGCCCGUCCCCGCGCCGAGGUCACCUGGUUGAACAACGAGAACAAGGAGAUCGUCCAAGGACAUCGCCACAGGGUGCUGCCCAACGGCGAUCUCCUGAUCUCCGAUAUCAAGUGGGAGGACAUGGGCAACUACAAGUGCAUAGCCCGCAACGUCGUCGGAAAGGAUACCGCCGAUACCUUCGUGUAUCCCGUACUUAAUGAGGAAGACUAAAGAUCCUACCACCAAAUAAGAAACAAAAGGCUAUUGGAUUGACGACGGAAAUUCAUCUAGUUAGUUAGAUAGAUCAAAUGCCUUCGAAGAUGCGUGAAAAGAAAAGAAAUAUGCUUAGAAAAAAUACACAAAAAAAAAACCAAGAAAAUAUGAUGGAUCAAAAGGUCAUACGAUUUAAAAUUAUGUACAAUUUAGGUUAAGCACAAUCUAGCUCGUAGUCCAGGUAAUUAACCAUAUCUAAUGCCGGCUUAGACACUAAUUUUCCCACUUAUUAUCCUCGAAUAUCAGUCACAUGUAGAGCAUUCGAAUUAUAGCACCUACUUUAUGGUUUUCUUCAAUUAUAGCUUUAGUUAUCGGCUUGUAAUCACGCGUCUUUGGUUCUUUGUAAGUAGCAAUGAUUGUUCCUAGCGAUUCAGGCAGCUCUAGUUAACGUAUUUAAACUAAUUGGCCGUUUACUUAAGGGCACCGCAGCCCAAGCACUUGUGACUGGUGGCACAAGCCACAGUCAAUCAACCAAUCAAUCAAUCAGUCAAUCACCCAAUUCGUAUUUAUGUGCACCCAUCAUUUCUACAACUAAUUUAUUUUUCGACCAAAUUCAUCCAGCAUCGCCACCCAUAAACAGAAUCACUGAAUAGUAUUCACGGAAUUAAUCAGUUUCAUAAGCUACCCGACUAUGUUUUAAUUUAUAAGGUAAUAGAACUGAAAUAUGUUUUUCUAAUUGUUUAGUGUUAGUUUUAAUCCAACCUUCAAGCGAUUGUUUUUGAAUAAAUACAAGAAAAUUGAAACGCAA